AUGCCCACCCCAGCACUCACCGCCCUCGUCCUCUGCCUCACCACCUCCAUCCUGCAAGCUCAAGGGGCCAGAUCCUGCUGCACUCUGCCCCGAACACCCUCCCCGUGCAGGUUAAACCGGCUGGAGGAGAAGCUGGCCCACAGGGAGAAAUACAACUUCACGGGCAGCAUGAUCGAGAUCUACACGUUCAAGUUCAGGCCCAAGCACUUCAAAGGAUUAAACGUCAGCAGCAGGACGGAUGUGAAGCCGGGUAGCAGCGGUGGGAGGCUCUGGCACGCCAUGAACUUCCCGGCAGAGCUCAUGGAGGGUAUCCAGGCACGGGGAGUGGAGCAGAACCUUGUCUGCAUCUACCAUUCCCCCCGACUCUUGCAGGAUGGCCGCAACAGCUCUGUGCUGAACAACCACGUACUGGGAGCCUUCCUGCAGCACGGGCAUGUGGCCGGGCUCAGCCGCCCUGUGGAGAUCCAGUUCGGGCAUGACACCAUGCUGGAUGCCUCCAACACCAUCUGUGUCUUCUGGCAGCCUGGAGCCAGGGAGGCCCCGGUUACCUGCCACUGCAACCACCUCACCUACUUCGCCGUCCUGCUGGUCCACAGCCCUCCUUCUUCCUUCCCUCUUCUUCCUCCCUUCNNNCUCCUCACCACCACCGGCUGCUCCCUCUCCACUGCUGCCACCCUCGGCACCCUCCUGCUCUGCUGCUUCUCCAGGCAGCGGCCGAGGGACAACAGGACCAGGAUCCACAUGCACCUCCUGGCCGCGCUGCUCCUGCUCAAUGUGACCCCGCUGCUGACCGCCGGCACCAAGGCGCUCUGCCAGGUCACCGCCGCCCUACUGCAUGCCGGCCUUCUCUGCACCCUAGCAUGGAUGGCCGCUGAGGCCUUCCACCUCCUCCUCCUUCUUGUCAAGGUCUACAACAUCUACAUCCAGCACUACCUCCUCAAGCUCUGCCUCUUCGCGUGGGGUGAGUGGGCACCUGCCCAGCCCUGUCUGCCCACGCUGGCCGUGGUGGCUGUUCUUGUCUUCAAGAGAGACACGUAUGGGUACCACACCAUCAGCAACGCUGAAGGCUACAGGAACAUGACUAUGAUGAGGCGGCAGAAGGGGCAGGCGAGGAAGGAUUGCGUGACGGUGCUGGGGCUCACCUGCCUGCUGGGCACCACCUGGGGCCUGGCCUUCUUCAACUUCGGCGUCUUCCUCGUCCCCCAGCUCUACCUCUUCACCAUCCUCAACUCCCUGCAAG